AUGUCGAUUUUCGGUGCCCACAAAGCUAGGAUCACUAAAGCCGCCAACGCAAUCCGCAAGAAGAUCGCGGAGUUUGACGAGGCCAUCUUGGAGCCGUUGGAUUUUACCAUCGAGGCAGGUAGAGAUCCACAGCUUGUUCUUAGUCGUAAAAGUUUGCUAUUUUUUCAUUUUACUUCCUUCGGUCGUACUGUUGAUUCUCUUCGUGCCCAGCGAGAGAAGGCCGAGGAGUUUGCUCGGCAGCACCCUGACGAGAACGGCGAGUUCCCCCUCCUCCAGCAGAUUCAGGACCAUUGGGAUACCAGUGGACUGGAUGACCUUGUGGAGGAGGCCGAAACCCUCCGGGAUCGUGUUGAUGCUGCCAUCAAACUUCUGCCGAGCUCGGAGGCAUUAUACUAUUUUCGCACUUCCACUGUUCCUCCCUCUCUUGUUAAUCCUACCCCCAACCCUACCCGAGACCCCAUUUAUCCCCAGCAGCUCGCGCCAGAUGUAAGAAUGGAAAUCGCGAGCCAUUCUUCAUCGCACGAUAGGGAUCGUCCAGCUGAUCCCGAGGCAGUCGUGCCAGCGCGUCCAGCACCCCCGCCAGCAUGCGCGCCAAGUGUCGCGCAAGGAUUCGACAACCCCUCCCAUGACCCUUCGGCCCACCCAACUUUUGUGAAUCCCCCUCCAGUUCAUCAGUCGAAUCCAUUCAGUUCUUUUUUAGUUCCCAAUGUCAAUUCUUCCCCUUCUUCCGUGGAACAGACGUUGAAGUUGCCUACGUUUGAGAUUCCGACCUUCCAUGGCGAUAUCGACAAUUUUCUGGAGUUCUGGGAUCUCUUCUCGGUAGCCGUGCACAAUAACAUCAACGUGCCAGCAUCGAUGAAAUUCAUGUACCUCAAGUCACAUUUGAGAGGACCAGCCGCGAGCAUAAUUGCCGGUUUUCAAUCGACGGCAGAAAACUAUGAGGAUGCAGUACGUACCUUGACGAAUACGUACGGUAGACCAGAGAUCCUCCGUAAUAGGCUGUGGGAUAAGUUGAUGCAAUUGCCACCAGCAUCAGACUCGCCGAUGUCGCAACGCGCGACAUAUUGUACCGUCAAGGCUAUAUGGACCCAGCUUACACAUCUUAAGGAGGACUCUAGUGCUAUCGGUACUCUCAAGAUUAUUCGUGCUAAAUUCCCGAGACGGACGCGCGAAAAGAUCGGCGAAUACAAGACCAAGGGAGACGCGAUGUGGACAGUUGACGAGUUACUUUCGACGUUGGAUACCAUCAUCGACAGAUUGGAAACUAUUGAGGAUGCUGACUCAUCAGAACAUCUUGCGUAUAACUCCCAGGCAUCAGUCCGUCACGAUUCUUCUUUGCCACGUAGGUAUCCGAGCGUGAGCCGCACGGAUUCAGCGUUUACGCGCUAUCGUACGUCAUCGUACUACCCCAGACGUCCGUCGGUAUCGCGCACGCCAUCACCCUACAGUAGGCAUAACAGACCUCCAACCCCCUAUUAUCCUCGUAAUGCGUCGCGCAGCCCUAGCAGACCACGCUAUGCGAUUUCUUACGAACCAUACUGCGCCUUUUGCCGUGAUCCUGGACAUCCAUCCGAACGAUGCAACAUCGUGCGAGACGUAGCACAACGCAGAUCCAUUCUUGUUCGUUACAGAUUGUGUUGGUUGUGUCUACAGCGAGGUCACGGAUACGCUCAGUGUGAUGCGCCAUUGUGUGAGUACUGCGGCAGGAUACACCAUAGAGCUCUCUGUUGGAAUCCUCCGCGCGCACGUACGCCGCCACCUCCAGCGAAUGGAAACACCAGGCGUAGUCUCGAUAGGUUUUACUCUCCGAGACGUGUGCAAUUUUACAGAGAGACUCAGGGAUCAGUGCCGCGCGCAUAUCGAGGUUACUCGCGCGCAUCGUCAUCGCGUAACGCUUAUCCUAAACCGCCAUCACCAUCCAGGCGACAACCUUCCACUUCACCAGCUAGACGUGCCUCUUCGGCACGCAGGUCGCGUAGUAUUUCCGCAGUACACAGCGCCACCGGUACUCCUGAUCAACCCGUAGCUAGCGUGGACGAGCAAGCAGAGCCCCUGGAUCAUCACCGAAUUCGCGUAGGCUCUCACUCACCAUCAUCUUGUAUAUCUGUGUGUUCGCAGGAAUCAGCGCAACCGCGCUUGAUGGUAGUCCAUACAGUUACGAAGAAUUAUAAGACGGAUACGGAUGAGUUGCUCACAGUCUUUUUAGACAGUGGCUCUCAAUUCAGUUUCAUUUGCACUUCGUUAGCCAAACAUCUAGGCUUAUCAUUUCGUAACACCAGGACAUUUACGACUCUGACGUUCGGCGGUCACCAAUUCACGGAAGAAUCGUCAGAGGUUACACUCAUACUCUGGGACCAGUAUAACUACCCGAUCUAUCUCGAUCUAUGGACGCGCGAGAGGAUCACGACAGUCCCACGGACCAACACCCAGAACGACAAAGACAUCGUCGAUUUAGGAGACAGAGUGGAAGUCGAUGUACUAAUCGGGAUAGACAAUUAUUGGCGUAUUGUGGACCUGCACAGGAAUGAGAAGUUACCAUCUGGCCUCAUACUGUCGCACACCAGAUUUGGACCCGUCUUGUCUGGACAGAAGCAUCCACUUGCCACCAACACCCUGUUAGCCACGAAGACUCCGCUCGAUGAUGACGAAGUUGCAACCCACCAGUUGAUCAAGAGUCUUUUCGGCUUGGAUCUGGUUGCAACGGAAGAGGAAGAGAACACAGAAGAUGCUAAUACCAUCAAGCAUUUCUACGAUACCCAAGAUCCAGCCAAUCGCCUUAAGGAGGAAAUACUUGCCAAUACUUACGUGGAUAACGUUAUAGUCGGAGCUAAGACCACCCAGGAAUGUGUAGACAAGUGUAAGGAGUGCAAGGAUAUUUUCUCAAGGAUGCACAUGAACCUUCGAGAGUUUAUGUCUAACAACCAGAGAGCGAUGGCUUCGAUUCCUCAAGAUAGUUGCAUGUUAGCACAAGGACAGUACGUUGGCUUACUAGGAGUCAGAUGGAACCCUACGCUUGAUACACUACACGUGCCACUCAACAUCGCGCGUCAAGCAGUCACGAGUAAGAGAACCGCGCUACAAGUUUACGCGUCGACAUUCGACCCGCUCGGACUAUUGGCACCCUUGUUGAUAAAAGCGAAAAUGUUCAUUCAGGACCUUUGGGAGCUCGGAUAUGGAUGGGAUGACAGCCUUACCGACGAAGAUAUCCAGAAAUGGAACGCGAUCGUGCAGGAUAUUAGCAGCUUUCAGCUAAGCGUACCGCGCUACAUUGGUGAUACUUUCGAGGAUACAUAUGACCUGGUUGUAUGUUCUGACGCGUCUAAACGCGUUUACGCUACUGCCAUCUACAUUUUGACGCGCCCUCGUCGCGGUACACCUCGAUCUACUUUGCUUUUCGCCAAAGCAAAGUUGGCCCCUCCCGGUGCCAUCACGAUACCGCGCAUGGAACUCUUAGCUUCCCAUAUGGCAGCUAAGACAGUACAGUUUUUGAGGGCCCAGCUGAAGGUCAGAUUCUGUUCGAUCAAGUUUCUAACCGACUCACAAAUAGUCCUCUAUUGGAUUCACUCCCAGAGACCACUUAAGACCUAUGUGGUUAAUCGCGUCAAGUAUAUUCGUCGUGUGUUGGACGAGCUGGAAACAGAGAAGAUUGCUACUGGAUUCUACUAUUUAGCCACGCAGACCAACCCAGCGGAUUGUGCUACUAGAGGAGUGACAGCCUCGGAGCUCCAACACCACAUUUGGUGGACAGGCCCUACCUUUUUUGCGACGCCUUUUUCACAGUGGCCAUGCAAGUCCUUCCAGCCAUCACAGCCCAUACCACCAGGAGCAGAAUCGGAAGAACUUCGCAUACCUGAGACGGUCGUAAAUUCGGUUAGUGGUACCCAGGAGGCGUAUACGUCUUUUGUGCCGUUUACGCGCACCAACUCCUACGUGAAGCUAGUCCGUAUAACAGCGUACAUCCUUAAAUACGUGACUAAAUUGCGUCAUAGAGUCAGGACGCGCAAUCAGCGCGAGGACCAAGAAGAAUGUUUUCCAUUCAACACGAUGAAUAUUACACCCACGAUAACAUCGGACGAUUUUAUGGCAGCUGAGCUCGUGCUCAUACGAGAGCACUACCGUGAGAGCCAGCGCCAAAUGAACGGUACGUAUGUGAAGAAGCUCCACACUAAGCGCGAAACGGAUGGUACUAUAAGAGUUGAUAUGCGCAUGGUUAACGCGCAGAUGAGCGAUACGAUGAAUUCGGUUAACCCGAAUGCGAAUGCGGUCAUUCGACCAAUCGAUCUGAUAUCACCUAAUUUCAAGAUAGCACGACUCAGGGACACUUUACCACGAAGGAUCGCGCAUUCGACGAGCGAUAGUUACCAGACGUUGAAUACGCGCUAUAGGAUUUUGCAGAGCGAUUUGGACUGUUUUUGGAACCUCUGGCAGCAAGAAUACCUGAGAGCGUUAGCAGACAGAGAAGCUAUACGCGCGAAAUCCCGUCCUUCUGCAAAAUCACCGCGAGUUGGCGAAGUCGUACUUGUGAAACAGGACGCGCCGAGAUCCAGCUGGCCGUUAGGACUUAUCUUGGAACUUCACACCUCACCAGACGGCAAUGUAAGAUCGGCCAAAAUUAGAACAGGCAGAAGAAAAGUAGUCGACCGCGCAGUAAAUCACUUGUUGCCAUUGGAGAUAAUCGCGGAAGACGAAGAAGUUGUGGAGCGUAGUGGUAACAGCCGCGCGAAGGCGCAGCAACAACACCGUGGAUUGUCUAGGAAGUGA